AUGAGAUCGUUAUACCACCGUCUAUCGACUGUGGUGGCAUAUCAGAAUCCUUUUACUGGUGACUACUGCGUACACAAAAGCCGAGUGGAACCAAAGGGCUAUAUAAAUUCUGUUCAUAUCCCGGACUCGCCCGACAGUGGGGUGUCUGACGAAUAUGAACCUCUCAACCUGGUUCCCCAGGUGUGUGAAAGGGAUCCAAAUGUUGAGAUUGGCAAACGGGAGUAUCAGGAGCCGCUCAAGCAGAUGAACCCAGCGAUUAGUGACAACCGCGUGAACAAAACUUGGAACUGGAAUUACACAGAGUACCAGAUAUAA